UCACAACAAUUUCAUAUAGAAGUCGCUCUGUAAUUAUAAUUUUUACUAUUCUUAUUUUGUGAUCAAAAGAAUUAGAUUUCUAGAGUAAAUAAUUAAUAGAAAAACCAGAUAUUUGGUUGUAAUCUGCAUCUUAAAGAAAAUAGAUACAUUGACGUGGUGCGUGAGAUGUAAAGCAAGCGAAAUGCGGUAUUGGGCUAUUUGUGUCGUUUGCUAAACGCGAUGUCGAUAGAGUACGUGGUAGUGAGCGAGGGCGAACAAGAUGAGCCCAUCGAACUGCCGACGGAGGAGGAUGGUUCCCUGUUACUGAGUACUAUAGCGGCGCAGUUUGCUGGUGCCAGUGGGCUCAAGUACCGUGCUGGUGGGAGGCUACGUGGACUACGGCUGGCAGAUGAGCAUGUCCUACCGCCGGCAGAAGGAUGGGCAGCACACCGUUACUUCUGUGCUUUCCCGCGCAACGACUCGGCGACGGCAGCAUUGCGACCGCGGUGCUCGGACCUCAUUGUUCUCGGCCUACCGUGGAAGACCAGUGAAGAAGCCGUACGAGACUAUUUUACAGCAUUUGGUGAACUGCUAAUGGUGCAAGUAAAGCGUGAUACAAAAACGGGCUUGUCAAAAGGAUUUGGUUUUAUUAAGUUUGCUGACUAUGAAGCUCAGAUGAGAGCCCUUGGAAGACGACAUAUGAUAGAUGGGCGUUGGUGUGAUGUUCGUAUUCCUAAUAGUAAAGAAGGUGGAUCAGCAGCUCACAGGAAAGUGUUUGUGGGACGGUGCACAGAGAGCCUCACGGCAGAUGAUCUUCGAGAAUAUUUUGGUUCAUUUGGUCAGGUGACCGAUGUAUUUGUUCCUAAACCAUUUCGUGCUUUUAGUUUUGUCACAUUUUUAGACCCUGAGGUUGCUCAAUCUCUCUGUGGACAAGACCAUAUUAUUAAAGGUGUGUCAGUGAACAUCUCAAGUGCGUCACCAAAGCGUGAACGUGGUGCACGGUCCCAGCUUAUGGGGUGGGGACUGGUGGAGGGUACUCCUCGGGUCUACAGCUGGCCCCCUGAUGCUUGGCACCAUUCAGCCCAUUCUGCUCCACUCACUGACACCAAACCCUACCUCAAGUAUGAGUGACUACUAGUGAGCCUUGUUGAUUGUUCAUAGUUUUUAUAUUAAAGAGCAAAUAUGUAAAUAAUGAUAAUGUAAAAAUAUUAAUACAGUAUAUUAUUAUUGAAUGUUAAGAAUAUUUUUUAUGAAUACUAUCUAUAUGAGUUGAAGUUUGCAAAAUUUCUAUGCAUAGUUAAAUUUUUUAGCAAAACUAAACUGAACUUAAUUUGCUGCACUUGGUUAUACUAAUUUGUAUAGAAAAAUACAAACUGUAAGCUUAAAAUUAUAAAAUAUAUAUUUUUACACAAGACUAUGUAUAUUUAAAGAACAUUAUACUUAUGACUUAACUUGUGGUUAGAUGAGAUUCUAAAAGUAUUCAUGCUUUAAAAAGUCUCUCAGGAAUAUUAACAUUUCUAUACAUUCUCAGUCUAUUUGUCAGUCAGUGCUAUUUACCAUACCUAAUUUACUCCUAUUGUUGAUUCAUUAAUUUACUAUUAAUGAUAAAUUAUAACUAUACUAUAUGUGUUGCCAGGUUUCAAUGAAAUAAUUGUAUAAGCAUUCCUACUUCCAAUAUUUGUGCAUUGACUGCUCAUACACAUAACAAUAAAUGGUAAAUUUUGUACGAAGGUUAUGUCACAAGGAUCGAAUGAUGGAUCAAAGAAACCAACCUUCGAUUCGUAGCUGGUACCUUUGUCCAAUAUAUAGAAAAUAAUCUAUGGACAAUGCCCUAGUGUUAAUGUACAAGUACUACCUGAGAGUUCACAUUUCAAAACUAUUGCAGUUCAAAGAUCACAUUGUGCAUUGUGGUUGAUGAGUUAAGGACGAAAAGUGGCGCACACAAGCUAUGUUAACCGAUUGUCGUAUAAAAUGGCUUUUCUUCUUGGAAACGUAGUAUCUUUUUUAGUAGGGUUGCCUUGUAAUUCAGGGUAAUCCGUUAUUCACCUGGGCUUCUGUGUGAAUUUUCGUGGCAUCUCGUGACCACCUUACCACCACCAAGUCGCCUUUCGGUAGGUGCAGGCCACUUUAUAAUACAGUAUGAGUUAGAAGCAAAUUCUUGUCAUGAAAUAACCGAACCUUUUACUAUUAUUUGUCUUGCAGAGUAGUUUUGUUCUGUAAAGUGUAUAUAAAA